AAUUGUCCAAUCAACGAUUUCUUCGUUUGACGUUAUCUUUAUAUUAAUUCAUGUUAUGAAAAUAAAAUUCAUUAUCAUUGAAAUUAAUCCUUAAUUUAUAUAUUAAUAAUAAGUGGAACGAUCUUACAAUGAUUGGUGCACUAAUAAUCAUAUUAACAUUAGGUCUAUUUGGCACUACACAGUGCGUCAACAAUCCUGUCGAAGAAGAAGUAGGCAAUGGCAGAUAUGUGAUUGAAGGAAGAGUGUAUCCCCCUGAUGACCAAAAUUUGCACAGCUGGCAAGUGGACACCCGCAUCCACGUGAACGGAGGAGAGUACAUAGGUUUCAUAAGGGAAGAUAGUACUUUUGUGAUACAUAAUGUGCCAACGGGAUCCUACGUAGUUGAAGUUAUUAACCCAGACUACAUGUACGAGCCAGUUCGCGUUGAAAUCAACUCCAAAGGCAAGUACCGAGCCAGGAAACUGAAUUACAUACAAACUUCACAAGUAAUACAAGUUCAGUAUCCACUUCGAAUGAAGGUACUCACGAAAUUCCGCUAUUUCCAAGUACGUGAACAGUGGCGUCUCACCGACUUCAUGUUCAACCCCAUGGUGAUCAUGAUGGUACUCCCACUGUUGCUCAUUAUGGUUCUGCCAAAGAUGAUGAACGAUCCAGAGACAAAAGAGGACUUAAAACAGAUCAGUAACUUGGCCAAGAUGUCUGACAUGCCAGAAAUGUCUGAGAUGUUUACUUCACUAUUCAGUGGUGGCUCUUCAGCCAAAGCAGCCAGUGCCAGUGCUAAAGCCAAACAAGUGAAAAAGAAGCAAUAGUGUCAUAAUUUAAUUGUAAAAUAUUUGUGAUGUAGGGAUAGAUUUUAUUUAUAAAUAAAAUGUGUUUACUUUUGUUAUAUUGUAGUCUUUGUUUU